AUGUCUAUUACCACUGACACCCCCAACAACAAUAACAACACAACAGUUGGUUCAUCCUCCUCCUCAUCGGUGGUGAGUGGUACUACCAAUGCUUCUGUUCAACAUCGUACUACUGUUAGUGGUGGAGGAGGAUCUUCUCAUUUGGAACAAGAUCCCAUUCAACCGAUUCCACGUCCAUCGAAUUCUUCUUCUUCUUCCGAUCAUCAUCAUCCGAGUAAUGAUCCCGAACAAAUUAGAAUACCCAUUUUAAAUCAUCAUGAUCAUCUUUUAAAUCUUUCAUCGGGAAAAUCAGCAGUGAUGGUGAAGGCUUUUUCAAUGAGUUGGGUGGAACGAAUUUCAAAUUCGUGGUGUUGUCAAAUUGUGCCGAGAAUUGGAAGGAAUUUAUUGAGGAAGUGUUUUGGAGUCAAGUCCUUGUCUAAAAUUACGUUUUUGGAACGAUUUGUAAUUCCUUAUCAGAAAAUAAUUUUAAUUUCCUUUUUGUGUGUAUUGAGUCUUUGGAUCUUGUAUGCAAUUAUGAUGAGCGGAGGUCCCAAGUCACUUUACGCAAUUUAUAGAAAUGAUAAAAAGAAUUCUAGAUUGGUGGGAUAUGUUGUACAAACAAACACAAAUCCAUCAUUUUAUUUGAGAGUUUUGAAUCCAAAUAGAGAUUCAGGAUUUUCGAAACAUAUAGUUCAAUAUGGAAAUUGGGAGACUGCCACUGAAGAAUUAUUUGGAAUGUUGAUUGCUAGUUUUAAAGAAGAGUCAAAGAGAACACGAAAAAGAUGUCUUGUUGUGGAUAUAGGAGCUUUUGCUGGGUUUUAUACCAUUUUGCCUGCUUUGCAUGGUUGCCGAGUUAUUGCAUACGAAAUUCAACCACAAAUGGCACAAAUUGUGAUGAGCUCAGCCUCUCUGAAUGAUAUUGACAAAUUGGUGACGGUGAAAAAUCUAGCUGUGUGGAAAGAGGCUGGCAAACGAAUUGAAUACUCGAAGAAAUACGUUGCUGAUUUGACUAAUGUUGUCACUGCACCCUUCGAUACUGAUGAAAUGACUCCUGACUCUGUGGAGACAAUUACUCUUGACGAAGAUUACUUCUCGACCGAUACACAUAUUAAUUUAUUGAAAGUUGAUGUUUCGAAAAAAACUGAUGAUAUUUUUACAGGAGCUUUAAGAACUCUUUCAUACAUGAUUGACAAUAUUAUUGUAGAGCUAACCGCGGAUGAUGCACCAUCCAUUCGUCACAUUUUAGAUUCCUUCUUUGAUAAGGUUGUUAUCUUGGAAGAUAGCAAAGGAUUGGCAAGCAUAUUUUUUAAGUCCUCCACUCCAAAAAUUUUUGUUGGUGAAAAUAUUUCUGUGGAUGACAUUGUGGCACAUCUUCGAACGACUGGAAAACGUAAUGUUUGGUUCUCAAAGAGAACGAAAACUAUUCCAUACUAUGGAGUGUGA